GCACCACCAAGCUAGCUAAAGAGCUAACAAGCCUCUGACAGCGACCGCAGGUGUACCCAACAUCCAUCGACUGCCAGAAGAUACACGCUCAGUUCUCACGUUUUUCUUCUUAAACUUGCUACGUUUUAGCCUCAACAUGUUCGAAGAAGCGAGCGAAGUGUUUGAGAACAUGUUUAAAUCUUCAUUUCCUUUAACAUUCAUUGUGUUUUUGCCGGCUGUGCUUAUUUUGGUCUCGCCACUUCCAGCCGAAGCGGCACAUGAAUUCACGGUGUACCGCAUGCAACAGUACGACCUACAGGGACAGCCCUAUGGCACCAGAAACGCGAUUUUAAAUACCGAGGCUCGCACCGUGGAAGCAGAGGUGCUGAGUCGCCGCUGCGUGCUCCUCCGACUAGCAGAUUUCUCAUAUGAGAAGUACCAGAAAGCUCUUCGACAGUCUGCCGGAGCUGUCGUCAUUAUUCUGCCAAAAAAUAUGUCCACCAUGCCGCAGGACGUUUUGCAGCAGUUCAUGGAGAUGGAGCCAGAGCUCCUUGCCACUGAAACUAUUGUUCCAGUGUACUUUGCACUGGAAGAUGAUGAGCUGCUGUCCAUAUACAAGCAGACCCAGAUCUCGUCAUCAUCACAAAUAUCUUCAUCAGCAGCUGAGGUGCUGCUGCACACAGCAACUGCCAAUGGUUUUCAGAUGGUCACCAGCGGCGCACAGAGCAAGGCAGUGAGCGACUGGGCCAUCACCAGCCUAGAGGGAAGACUGGCUGGAGUUGGAGGAGAGGACCUGCCAACCAUCGUCCUGGUGGCUCACUAUGACUCCUUUGGAGUGGCACCUUGGCUGUCCUAUGGCGCUGAUUCUAAUGGCAGCGGGGUGUCCGUUCUGCUGGAGUUGGCCCGUCUCUUCUCCCGACUGUACACCUAUAAGAGGACGCAUGCCGGGUACAACUUGUUGUUCUUUGUGUCCGGAGGUGGAAAGUUCAAUUACCAAGGCACCAAGCGUUGGCUGGAAGAUAAUUUGGACCAUACAGACUCCAGCCUGCUGCAGGACAAUGUAGCGUUCGUUCUGUGCUUGGACACUCUGGGCAAUGGGGACAGCCUUCACCUUCAUGUGUCCAAACCUCCCAAAGAGGGCAGCCCACAGUACACCCUGCUGAGAGAACUGGAGACUGUGGCCGCCAGCCAGUACCCUGACGUGAAGUUCUCCAUGGUCCACAAGAAGAUCAACCUGGCCGACGACACUCUGGCCUGGGAGCACGAGCGCUUCGGGAUCCGCCGUCUCCCGGCAUUCACGCUGUCGCACCUGGAGAGCCACCGGCACGCCCUGCGAAGCAGCAUCAUGGACAUGCGGUCAGUGUCCCCCUCUCAGGAUGGGGCGGGAGAGGUGACAGCUGGACCUCAUGUGGACUUAAAAAAGCUCAGUCGCAACACUAAGCUGAUUGCAGAGGCUCUGGCCAGAGUUGUCUACAACCUGACAGAGAAGGGUGCGCCAGGAGACCUCCAGAUCUUCACAGAGCAAAUGCAGGUGCAGGAGGAGCAGCUAUCCUCAGUGGUGGACUGGCUGACGGCCCAGCCCCGGGCUGCCCAGCUGGUAGAUAAGGACAGCAGCCUAGUCAGUACACUGGAGUACUAUCUGGCCCGCUAUCUGAAGGAUGUAAAGCGGCACUACGUCAAAGCUGACAAGAGAGAUCCAGAGUUUGUAUUUUAUGACCAGCUCAAGCAGACGAUGAACGCGUACAGGGUAAAGCCAGCCAUCUUCGAUCUCCUGUUGGCUGUUUGCAUUGCUGCCUACCUUGGAGUCAUGUAUUUAGCUGUGCAGAACUUUGGCCUUCUCUACAACAUUCUGCGCCGGGUCACCCAACCCAAGGCCGCAAAGCAGCAUUAAGAACCUCAGCUCAGGAUCGACUCUGUUCUCUUUUCACUGAAACAGGAACCCAGACCCACAGUCCUGUUUGUUUCUGAAAUGAAUGAGCUCUACAUCUGGUCCACAUGGACUUCCAACCCAAACACCAUGUUUACCAAAACUCACUAAUACC